AUGGACUACAAUUUUAAUACCUAUUAUUAUGUGCCACAUAAUCAAUACACAGUGCCUGUAUUGCCUAUCUCAGAAGAGAACAUGUCUAGAUCGGAAAUGUACCUAUUCAUUUUUGUGAUGUUCAGAUUACCAUUACAGCUACUUUCAGUGAUUAUGUUCCCAGACAAGUUAGAAGCAUGUGACAUGGUGAGCUUUUCUAUUGUUAACCCAAUUCUAGCGUCAUUCUACAAGCAAUUGGCUUCAACCAAAACUCCUGGCUUUUAUCAUUAUCGGAGGAAGAGUGUAACUAACAAGUUAUAUCCACAUACCGAUCGCCUGACUAGUUUCAUUUUUUUCCUGCUAGCUUUAAACUGCUUUUAUUUCUACUUGGAUAUAAAGCGAAGACGAGCUUAUGGUAUGAACUUGGCGAGAAAACUUAACAUACUAGACCAAGAAUAUUUAAAAAUGAGUUAUGAAUCUGAUUCAGAUUUAAAUGAUUCAGAUUCUACAGCGGUAGACUAUGAUACUGAAGAGUGUUUUAUUUACCAGGAUCAAUUUUAUUACCUGGAGCCAAAUGAUUUACAGGAAGACUUUGGAGAUUUCCUACUUGACUACAGGAAUACUGUCUUGUAUAGGGGCCUAGGGUUACAUACUGGACAGAGGACAACGUAUUUAGAUAGUCGACGCCAAAAGGGUGCAUUAAGCUUGGUCUUGGGGAAUGAUUUGGUGACAUAA